AUGUCUAGGGAUAUCCCGACUACUACACACGAUCAUAGUGUUCAUAGAGUAUUUAGUGUAGAUGAUGAUCCAAAUGAAGUGGAAAAUGAUGUUAGAUAUUUAGAAGGUCUUCAUGAUGGUUUAAAAUAUGCAUUACAUGGGAAUAAAUCAUCAUCAAAAUCAUUUUCACCAUCAACAAAUCAUAUUGAUUCAAAUUUUGUUUCAGGUUCAGAUAUAUCAUUACCUGGUAAUUCAUCAAAACCAAAAAUUAAUAUAAAUUUACAAAAUGAUAAUAGUAUGAUUACAAAUACAUCAAAUAAUGAGCAUGAAAGAUUUAUUAUUCAUCAUCCAAUUACAGAUUCUGGCCAUGAUUUAUUAAUAGAGGAAUUAGGACCUCAUGGUGUUAGUGGUGAUAUUCGUGAUAUUAAUAUUGAUAAUAAUGAUGGCAAUGAAAAUGAUGAUGAUAAUAAUAAUAAUAAUGAAGAAGUAGAUGAUGAUGAUGAUGAUUUUGUAGAUAGACAUUCAAGAGCAUCAUCAAUGGAAUCACUUACUUUAAAAGAAAGACAAGAUGCUAUUAAUAAGACACAUCCAUUCGGUAUUAGAAUUUGGAAGCCUGCUUUAUAUAAAAAACAAAGAUCUGUUCAACGAGCAGCCGAUGAAGAUAUUCAUGAAACAAAAUUUAAGACAAUUACAUUAGGAGUACAUAUUACUAAUAUUAUUUGGUCAAUUACAUGCGGUAUAAUAUUAUGUAUCAUUUGUUAUAUUGCUGCUUUUUUUGUAAUGAUAAUUGGAUUUGGUACAAAAUCAACAAGAGCUUAUGCUGGAGUCUUUUGUAAAUUAGGUAAUUAUUUAUUAUGGCCAUUUGGUAAAGUUGUUUAUUUAAAUCCAGAUGAACAUUAUUUACAAGAGGAUAAAGAUGAAGGAAUUAGUGUACAACAAUUUUAUGGUUGGGUUACAUCAUAUAGUAAUAAAUUAUUUUUUCAUAAGAAUCAAUCUAUGGAAUCAAAUCAUUUAAAUCCAUCUGGUAAUAGUAUUAGUAAUAAUAAUAAUGAUCAAAAUAUUCAACCAGUUAAUUCUUUGAGUUAUCCUUCGUAUGGUUCUAUUCAAACAUAUAUUAACAGUCAAAAUCAAUCUUCAGGUAGAACUGGUAGUAAUAUGGAUCAAAAUACAGGCAGUGUACAUCAUAACCCUUUGGGUCAAGGAUCCUUUGCUACAGAUAAUCAAAAUAUGGUAGAUUCUACUAACUUUUCAAGUAAUCCAAACCAAAGAAGAUAUUUUGGUAGAGGGGAAUGGACAUUAGGCAGAAUCUUGUUCUAUGCAUUGUUUCAUUUGGUAUUCGAACCAAUUACCCUUAUAAUUUGUCUGUUUACUUGGUUAUUUGUAUUUACUAUUCCAAUGAGUAGUAUUUUAUGGAAUUUAUUAUAUCAUUGUAGAAAACAUCCAUUGGCUUUGGGUUUCAAAUAUAUUAAAACAUCCUCAGAUCAAACUAGACCGAUGAUUAUGAAGAGUAAUAACCAUUUACCAACAGUUCGUACUUUACGUAACGAAUUAAAUAGUCAUUUGACUGGAGGAGCAUCAGCAACGAGAUAUUCUUCUCAACAACACCAAGGUAAUGAAGACGACUACGAUAAUAGAAAUAUUUUAUUAUGUACCUUCCGUUGUGCAGGUUGGCAUUAUUACAAAUAUACAGUUGAUGGUACGAAUAUCAUUGUGGUAAAUUUGAUAUCUUUAGUGUUUUUCACCAUCUUCGAUUUCUACUUUAUGAAGGAAUCCUGGAAUCUCAAUUUCUGGUUCACCAAUGAAUCGUCAAUUUUUAUUCUUUGUCUUGCAUCAAUCAUACCGUUAGCAUUUUAUAUUGGUCAAGCUGUUGCUUCCAUCUCUGCACAGACUUCAAUGGGUGUAGGUGCUGUUAUUAAUGCAUUCUUUUCAACAAUUGUAGAAAUUUUCUUAUAUUGUGUCGCUUUAAAAGGUCAUAAGGGCCAAUUGGUUGAAGGUUCUAUGAUUGGUUCCAUCUUGGGUGCUGUACUAUUACUACCAGGUUUAUCUAUGUGUGGGGGUGCUCUUAAUAGAAAGACUCAAAGAUAUAAUCCAGCAAGUGCAGGUGUCUCUUCUGCGUUGUUAAUAUUCUCUAUGAUCGUUAUGUUUGUUCCAACUAUGUUAUAUGAAAUAUAUGGGAGUUAUACAGUUAUAUGCCGCGACAAAAAUGGUAAUACACUAUCUGAGGAUUCAAUCUCUAUGAAAACCAUUACGAUGGCAGUAACUCUGUCACAAUGUUAUUUCACUCGCCCACCUUUAAAAUACAAUAAGAUGUUUAGAAACGUAAUCCAACCAAUGUCUGUUUCAUGUGCUAUCAUUUUAUUCCUUGCUUAUGCUAUUGGAUUAUGGUUCACAUUAAGAACUCAUGCGAAAAUGAUUUGGCAAUCACCAAUAUCUGACCCUCCAAAGGAACAACAUUUAGAAGAGACAUUACCUUUAACAUCCACUCAAUCAAAUAUUAAAAGUAAGUCAGCUAUUGAUAAUAAUGAACAAGGUGGUCACGAAGCACCAAAUUGGUCAAGAUCCAAAUCAACAUGGAUUUUAUUGAUUGCUACAUUGCUAUACGCUAUUAUCGCUGAAAUUUUAGUUGCAUGUGUUGAUGCUGUUCUUAAGGAUUUCCCAGGUUUAGACCCAAAAUUUCUUGGCCUGACUAUUUUUGCUUUAGUUCCAAAUACUACAGAAUUUUUAAAUGCCAUCUCAUUUGCCAUGCAUGGUAAUGUCGCAUUAUCCAUGGAAAUCGGUAGUGCAUAUGCUUUACAAGUAUGUCUUUUGCAAAUACCUGCAUUAGUUCUGUAUUCAAUCAUGUACACAUGGAAUAUAGAUCAAGCUUCAAUUAAUAUUAGAGAACAAAUGUUUCCGUUAGUCUUCCCUAAAUGGGAUUUAAUUGGUUCUAUGGCAAGUGUCUUCAUGUUCACAUACUUGUACGCCGAGGGUAAAUCUAACUAUUUUAAAGGGUCAAUGCUAAUAUUACUCUAUGUUAUUAUUGUUUUUGGCUUUUGGUUUCAGGGCGUUAUCGAAGAGUUUAGAACGUAUGAAUGA